AACCGCGGCGCCUGGCCGAAUAAACUCCGAGGGGACCGAAGAACACUGCUCCUUCGCUUGCUCGACGAACAGGAAGCGAAUAUGUCGGAACGGAAAGUUCUAAACAAAUACUACCCACCUGACUUCGACCCGUCAAAGAUCCCGAAACUCAAGCUACCCAAGGACCGGCAGUACGUGGUUCGCCUGAUGGCCCCCUUCAACAUGAGGUGCAAGACAUGUGGAGAAUACAUCUACAAGGGGAAGAAGUUCAAUGCACGCAAGGAGACCGUCCAGAACGAGGCCUACCUGGGCCUGCCUAUCUUCCGCUUCUAUAUCAAGUGCACGCGCUGCUUGGCCGAGAUCACCUUCAAGACAGACCCUGAGAACACGGACUACACCAUGGAGCAUGGCGCCACACGCAACUUCCAAGCCGAGAAGCUCCUGGAGGAGGAGGAAAAGCGUGUGCAGAAGGAGCGCGAGGAUGAGGAGCUGAACAACCCCAUGAAGGUCCUAGAGAACCGCACCAAAGACUCGAAACUGGAGAUGGAGGUGCUGGAAAACCUGCAGGAGCUGAAGGACCUGAACCAGCGGCAGGCACACGUGGACUUUGAGGCCAUGCUGCUGCAGCACCGCCUGUCGCAGGAACAGUGGCGACAGCAGCAGGAGGAGGAAGAUGAGCGUGAGACUGCGGCCUUGCUGGAGGAGGCUCGCCACCGCAGGCUUCUGGAGGAUUCCGACUCAGAAGAUGAAGCUCCGCCUUCCCGACCACGGGCAGCAGCAAAACCCAACCCCACAGCCAUCCUGGACGAGGCACCGAAGGCCAAGAGGAAGGCAGAGGCAGUGGGCAGCAGGGCACAGCUGGCUGGAUUGGUGGUGCCAAAGAAGAUGAAGGCGGAAGCCAACGGGGGCUCAGAGCAGGUCCAGAUGCCUGCCGUGGGUGCUCCCGAGAGCAGGAAGACAGCUAACCUUGCACCCCAGACACCCGGGGCCUCCUCCCUGAGCCAGCUGGGUGCAUAUGGGGACAGCGAGGACAGUGACAGCUGAGCCCCUACAGCGACAUCACAGACCCCAGAAACCAGAGGAGGAGACGGGAUCAAGGAAGGCACCCUCAACAAGUUCCUCGUGACCAUGUCUGCCGUGGAUCCCAGCAGCGUGUGGAGAGGCAAUGUCCCUUAGUACCAGGUGUCCUGGGACAGACAGCCUGUUCCACUCUGUCAGUCCUUGAGUUUGCCCCAUCCCUUCCUACCACAGAUCUGAACACCAUCUGACGGGGCAGGUGGCAGGGUCCCUGGGGACUACCUCCCAACAAGGCCUGGGACUCUACCUGCAACACAAUAAUACUGUGUGGUAAAGAAAAUCAAUGACAGCCAUGUGGACCAGCGAGAGACCCUGCCCGACCGUCUAACCAGAGCUAACACUCUCCUGGGAUUUCGGCCACAGCCAGCCUGGGCCUGGACUCCAGCCCGUGUCCGUCAUUCAGAAUUUGGGGGUACAUGAGUCUGUGUUCUGUAGGAAAACUGCUGAGCCUGAGUCUGUCAUUUAGAGCACAGUGAGCCUGGGUGGGGCGGCAGUGGAGAGGCAGGCGUGUGUAGCCCAGGCUUGCCUUCACCUCCCCAGGCUGGGAUGAGAGAUGUGAACCAAGUUGAUCUUAA